UAUGUAGGAGCAUGGCGUCGAGCAAGACUAAUUUCAGUAACAGUAGUAGUAGCAACAAUAUUACUAGUGGCCCUAAAGAUGUUCAAGUUAUGGCCGCAAUCUUAAAAGAUAUGGGAGUAAUACAGUAUGAACCAAGAGUCAUAAAUCAAAUGCUUGAAUUUACUUACAGAUAUGUUACAACAAUGCUUGAUGAUGCUCGUUUAUUUUCUUCCCAUGCCAAAAAGAAAAACAUUGAUGUUCAUGAUGUUCGCCUUGCAGUACAGUUGCAAAUGGACAAAUCCUUUACUUGUCCACCUCCAAGAGAUCUUUUGUUAGAAGUAGCAAGGCAGAAAAACAACAUACCUCUGCCUUUGAUCAAGUCCAAUACUGGAGUUCAUCUUCCACCUGAUAGGUACUGUUUAACAACAGCUAAUUAUCAAGCCAAAUCACAGAAGAGGCCACGUAUUCAGGUCAGCGUUCCAUCAUCUAAAGUGUCCUUCAGUUCGAUACAGUCUAACACUUCAAAUAUUUUUUUAUCUAGACCUUCAAUUUCAAGGGUUGUGCCAGCCAUUUCCUUAGCCAGCAAGUCUGGAACUGUGAUAUCUGUAGCCACUAAAACUGUAGGUUCUCCAUUGGUCACUUUAGUAUCAAGAACAGAAACGACUCCUACACAAACAAAAAGUAAAGUGACACCAACUCCAGUUUUUAAAAUUUCUCAAGGACCUAUUAUCAGCAGAAGUCCACUUGUGCCAGAAAAGACAAGCACACCAAGAGUAACCUCAAGUUCAGCAGUAAUUUUGUCGAGUACUUCUCAUUCAACCACAGAUUUGCCAGAAAAUGAGAAGAAAAGAUUGAGAGAGGAAGAUUCUAUUGAUUAAAAUGUUAUCGUGAAUGUUUUCUUCAUUUUAAGAAGUUACACUUCAAGUUUGUUAGCCAAAGUUGUUUUUUUAAUUUCUUUUCCAUAAUUGCCAUUUUUUUAUUUUUGUAUUACUGAAGUUUAUAUGAAUUAAUACAUUGUGGUUAAAUUGAUAUUGAGUUACAUACACAUACUGUAUUAGUUUGCAAGAUAUGAAAAUAGAAUUAUCAUAAAUUGUGAAGCAGAUUAUUUUGAUUUCACCCACACACUUUUAUGUAAACAUUUUGUUACAUACGAUCUCAACUUAGAUAUAGUUGGCUGUGGGAAUGUUUUUAUUACUCUUUUUUUUUUAUACUGCUGGUUAAGUAGCUGUAUCCUAUCAUUCUUAUCACAAUACAACACUCAGAAACUUGUUAUUUUGAAUACAUAAAAGUUCAAUUAAUCCAUUAAGUAUAUUAUGAAAUAGUGAACAUUGUGUGUUUCAUUACCCAACACUGAUCUUGGCUGCCUUUGUUUAUCAAUGUUCAAUUACAUUCAACAGCAUUCAUUUCAUACAAUUUUGGUGAGUUUGGUUUAGAUAAAACAAGUAAAAACUAUUAAAAAUUUAAUGGAAAACAGAGCCACUAGUUUAUUUUCUUGUAUGUUAUAAAAGGGUUUUAUUAUAUUCAUUAGUUUACACUGUCAAACAAUGUUAUUAAUUCAUCAAAGUGACUUGUCCCUCAUCUUGUCUUUCUUUGGUUUUUAUUACCUUUGUGAGCUAAUAAUAACCUAAAAUAGUUAGGCCCUAUCACUUUGUUUUCAGCAUGUAUGCAGGAGAAAUUGUAAUCUCAAAACAAAUCUCUCGAAAUAAUUUUCCAUUACAUAAGUAAACCUGAAUUAAAGGUUGAAUACACACAUAAAUCACAUAACAAAGCAUCUAAAAACUGAGUUUAAAACCAGUUUGACAUAUAACUUUGUUAGAUUGUGAUAACUAAAAGUUUAUUAACAGGCACUGUAUUGUAUAAUUAGAAGUUCGAAACCUACAUUAAAGUCAAGCUUUCCUUAAUCCUACAUUUAUAUUUUUGAACUAUAGCAAAAGUUUCCUCGAAUUAUUUACAAAUAUGUUUUUAAAUAUUUCAUACAAGUUCAUGUGCAAGAUAAACUUGUGCAUUUCUAAAAGUGAGUUUUGUAAUCAUUGUAAUGAUGAUAUUGAUGACUAUAACUGAUUUUUGCUCAUAUGUACAGAUGAAAUAAAUAUCAUAAUUAUUACUCUAAACAAA